AUGGUUGCCGCAGAUGGACAUGCAGUUCAAAUUAUAAAUGUUGAAGAAUGUAUGAAGAAAACAUCAUUCACUCUAGAUGAGGAGUCUUUGUCUUCAAUUCUUUUAAGACCGGAUGUGCGUGACAAAAAAGUUGUUGUGGUUUCAGUUGCUGGUGCGUUUCGUCAAGGAAAAUCGUUUUUACUGGAUUUUUUCCUACGUUAUUUGUUGUCCAGUGACCGUACUAACUGGCUAGGAGAUCCAGAAACACCUUUGAAGGGCUUUCCUUGGCGAGGUGGUUCGGAGAGAGACACUGUUGGAAUAUUGUUAUGGAGCGAACCAUUCUUUAUGACUCUACCAUCUGGAGAGGAAGUAGUCGUUCUGUUAAUGGAUACACAGGGUUCUUUUGAUAGUACUAGUACUGUGCGUCAGUGUGCUACGGUUUUCGCUUUGAGUACAAUGGUUAGUAGUACUCAAGUUUACAACAUUCAUGGUAAUAUUCAAGAAGAUCACCUGCAGCAUUUGCAUUUAUUCACUGAAUAUGGUCGACUUGCCUUAGAAUCUGAUAUUUCCGGGACACCUUUCCAGCAUCUUUUAUUCCUUGUUCGUGAUUGGAGUUUCCCGUACGAGUAUGACUUCGGGAAUAAUGGUGGUAAUCAACUGCUCGAUAAUCGCCUCAAGAUUGUUCAACAGCAUCACACAGAGCACCAAGCUGUCCGCCGUCAUAUUCGCUCUUGUUUUUCCAAGUUGGAUUGUUUCCUAAUGCCUCAUCCCGGUCUUAAAGUUUCAACAAAUCCAAAAUUUGAUGGACGAGUAAAAGAUAUCGAUCCUAGCUUCGUUGAAAAUCUUAUCGCUUUAGUCCCUCAUUUGUUAGCUCCAGUUAAUCUGGUUGUUAAAAAGAUAAAUGGUCAGGAAGUUACGUGUCGUGAACUUUUUACUUAUUUCAAAGCAUAUAUAAAAAUUUACGAAAGUGAUACUCUUCCAGAACCACGUUCUAUGUUGGAAGCAACUGCCGAGGCAAACAACCUUAAUGCGAUAUUAACAUGUCAAGAGAUGUAUUCUGAGGCUAUGAACAAGAUUUGUGGACCUGAUCGGCCGUACAUCAAUCCAACUGAUUUAGAUUCAGCUCAUUUAAAAAUAUAUAAGGCUGCUGUUCAGAAAUUUAACACAAUUCCUAAAAUGGGCGGUGAAGCUUUCUCUGCAGGUUAUUUGGAGCGCUUAAAAGAAACAUUAAAACAACUGGGAGAAGAUUAUCGGAUGUCAAACUCUAAGAAGGAUAUAUUCCAGACAUUUCGUACUCCUGCUGUUUUGGCUGUUGUUCUACUAAUUUUCCAUAUUGUUACAGGAAUAUCAGAAUUUAUUGGUUUAUCAAUGGUUUCGGGUAUAUUGGCCCUACCAUUUUAUAUUGCUUUAGUGUCAUUGUUCACGUGGUUGUUUUUAAGUUACACUGGUCGAGCCCCAGAAUUAGCUAGUGCCAUCGAUCAGUCAGCUGAGUUGGUAAUAAAGAAGGUAUUCAACCCUGCGAUAAAAAUAGUUGGUAAUCGUGGAAUGGCUCAACUAGUUGGUGGUAAUCUUGUUUCUGACCAAACAACAAGAAGUUGA